GCGACGGGGCUCGGUGGUGCUGAAAGACAGCUCCCCGCGCUGAGGGUGUGCGUUGCUGCUCCGCCGCGCCCUCCCGUCUUCUGCUGUGCACCAUGAGUCCAGCGGCUCCCGGAGCGGCGCCAUGAAGCGCCAGAACGUGCGGACCCUCGCCCUCAUUGUCUGCACCUUCACUUACCUGCUGGUCGGAGCCGCCGUCUUCGAUGCCCUGGAGUCCAAGCAGGAGACCUCGGAGAAGAAUAACCUGGAAGAGAGGAAGCGCGACCUCAUGACCAAAUACAACCUGAGCGAAAAGAAAUACGAGGAGCUCGAGCUUGUUGUCUUGAAACUCAAGCCUCAUCAGGCGGGGGUCCAGUGGAAAUUUGCUGGCUCCUUCUAUUUCGCCAUCACUGUGAUCACAACCAUCGGAUAUGGCCACGCUGCUCCCAGUACGGAUGGAGGGAAGAUUUUCUGUAUGUUUUAUGCCUUACUUGGGAUUCCACUUACCCUGGUCAUGUUUCAGAGCAUGGGCGAGAGAAUCAAUACAUUUGUCAAAUAUCUCCUGCACAGGAUCAAGAAGUGUCUUCGAAUGAAGCGAACUGAAGUCUCUAUGGCCAACAUGGUCAUCAUCGGCUUUUUCUCCUGCAUCAGCACCCUAUGCAUCGGGGCUGCUGCCUUCUCAUACUACGAGGACUGGACUUUUUUCCACGCGUACUACUAUUGCUUCAUUACUCUCACCACCAUCGGUUUCGGGGACUACGUGGCUCUGCAGAAACAUGACGCUCUUCAAAAGAACCCCCACUAUGUGGCGUUCAGUUUCGUCUACAUUCUGACAGGCCUGACGGUUAUUGGAGCUUUUCUCAACCUGGUGGUUCUGCGGUUCAUGACGAUGAAUGCAGAGGAUGAGAAACGGGAUGCCGAGCAGAAAGCCUUGCUCAUUAGGAACGGACAAACUACCAUCCGCACAACAGAAACCUCUGGAAACUUCCGCAACAUGUACGCAGAAGUUCUUCAUUUCCACUCCAUGUGUUCAUGCCUCUGGUAUAAGAGCCGAGAAAAAUUGCAUUAUUCAAUACCAAUGAUCAUCCCCAGAGACAUAUCGACGUCUGAUACCUGCAUCGAACAGAGCGAUGCAUCUCCAAAUAGGCUUCCAGAGACCUUUACUAAUGGGUGUGUGUGUAAUCUUCACAGGUCGACCAUUAGCUCUGUGUCUACAGGACUUCACAGUUUGUCUGCCCUCAAAGGAUUGACAAAAAGAAGAAGUUCUGUGUAAUAACGAUACAGUAAAUUUGUUUUAAAGUUGAUUAAUGGUACAGCAGUGAACGGGAAGGCAAGGUAAACCAAUAAUUUGAGUUUUAAGAGCUGAACAUUGAAGUACGAAGAAGACUGAAUAAAAGGCAUAAGACAAUGUGAAACAGCAGUUCCCAACUUUUUUAUGCCAUGGACUCAAUAUUAUUAAGCCGGGGGGUCUGUGGACCCUAGGUUGGGAAGCUCUGAAAGAUAACAGAAUUUAAAGGUUAGUGUAUGCUACAAGUAAUUGCACAACGUGUACUUGAAAAAGCAAAGGACUGUUCAUCACCUUUCCGAACGUGUGUAAGUAACCGAUGACUGCUGGGAUAAUUUUUUGAAUAUAGCCUGUGGCUUAUAUCAGGGAGUAUUUUCUGUGUUGCCAAUGGAGUGUCUAAUUCCCGGAAGGAUAAUUCUGGUUGCACACUUAAUCUGGAUGGUGAAUACUGAACGUCACACUGCAGACUGGAGAAAGAUGCAUGUGAAUUGAUGAAGGACCACCCCCUCCAACCCUCCACCACCUUAAAGUGAGAACUUUUGGUCUUAAAACUUGGCACAACGGGCAUCCCAUGACCAUCAAAGGAAUGCCACUCCGUCACUGUCAAACAUUGGCUUACCUCUAACGAACUUAAAUAGGCCUCACAAAUACUGAUUGUCAGCAUGUCAUAUUUUAAUAUGCGUUCAGUCUUAGUCAUGUGACCUCAUAGUCCAUCAUAUGGAAUUCAUUACUGAAUGAUUGAAUAUAACUGCUGAAACUUGCACAUGCCAAAUGAUCAGUGAGUUCCGGCUGGAUAUUUAUAGCAUUGAUCAAUGCCAAAGAAGCUAAGGUGGAUGAACAGAUUGCAUGAAUUCUGCAUGAGAAUUGUUAUAAAAUCUGCAUAUGGCAUCUGAAGAUGCCCUGAAGCAUGAUUGAUUGAAAAUCUAUCCAAUGACAUACAGUCAACCACAACAUAUUGUAAAUAUACAUAAUAUGUUUCUUUAUCAUUGGGUCUGGGAUCUUCCGAGAUAUUAUAAUGACGAACAGCAAGUGGUAUAGCCGUUGAUAUAAAUGUCAAGAUUACUUGAAAUGCAGGAAGAUACAAAGCACUGGGAAACUUCCGGUCAUUGCUUCCCCACCCCCAACAUUCCUCAUUCUUGUUUCCCUCUCUCAGCUUCUCUUCUUACUGGCCCAUCACCUCACUCAUUUGCAUCCCCCUUCCCUUUCUUCCAUGGCUUUUUCUGUCCACUCCUAUCAGAAACCCCCUUCUCCAGCCAUUUAUCUUUUCUACUAACGAACUUCCCAGCUCUUUACUUCACAACGCCCCCCCUCCAAGUUUCACCAGUCCCCUACCAGCUUGUGCAUUCCUCCCCUCCAACCACCUUCUUGAUCUGACUUCUUUCCCCUUCCUUCCCAGUCCUGAUGAAGGGUCCUGGCCUGAAAUGUCGACUGUUUAUUCCCCUCCAUAGAUGCUGCCUGACCUGUUGAGCUCCUCCAGACCAUUGUGUGUAAUUGCAGUGGGAUUAGUUUUAGGAUGCUUAAGGAAAAAGCAGAGACAUAUAAAUUGAACGGUUAUCUUCUGCACUGUGAAGUUUGUAUAGCUCCAAGGAAGUACAAGGAUUAAUACACACUGCUCAUAUCCAUAAUUGUUACUGAGCUUCUGCUAUUCAGUGCACACGUCCUAUGAAACAACAUCAUAAAAUAGCGACAUGUUUCCCUGUAGUAUGCUAUUAUGGAGCAUAUUUCCAUGAUGUAAUGAGAUAACUUAGCAGUCUCACUUGCUGUCUCACUUUGUUGUAUAUAAUGUAGUGCAUAAUACAAGUGUCCUGUAUUGCUGUUUAUUGAUUAAACC